GGCUUUCUGGGCAUGCUGGGAGUUGUAGUUUUGCAACAGCUGGAGGCCCCCUUGUUGAGAAACACUGGUCUAUACACUGAUCUUCAGUGCCUCUGACUUCCAGGUCCUACAAUGAAGCAGGAGGUCAGGACAUGCUGGUAGGUGCAGUUUUGCACCAGUUGGAAGCACCCUGCUUGGGAAACACUGUCUUAGAUAAUUAUGAUUGGCAAAUGCCUUCCUGCAUAAGACACUACUCUGAGCACUAACCAAAAGUACUUAGGGGAGGAUACCAGCCUGUAGAUAUAUCUUGUUGUAUUGUUUUUUUUUCCACCAGUAGGCAGCAACUUCAACAGGAUUUAACAGUACUUUUUUGCAUUCUGUAUGUAAAACAAUAUGAGUGAACCUGAUGGAAGAUCAUGUUGUGUUCCUUGUCCUAUGAACACAGUCAUUCUGUCUGAAGAGACGUCCGUAUGCUAAGUGGACUAAAAAAAAAAAACCAAAGAAGCCAACCUACAGUACCCUAGGUGAAAGUGUACAUAAAAAGUUGGUAACUCUAUAUCAGAUGGCAUCCUAUAGGAGUUCUUUAUGUAUCGGGAUAAGUAAUGCCAGAAGAUGCAGCCCUGCUUUCUGUUCUGCAGUCCCUUAGACAGUGCUUUGAUGCUAUAGAGCGGCAGCAGGAAGAAUGGAACUGUGCUAUCCUGGAAUCUGGACCCUUGGUGAGCUCAUUGAGUAACCUGGCUGAGCAGCUGCAGGCUUGCCAGAAAGUCACCUUCUCAAAGACCCCUCUCGGUGGCUUUACUGAUCUACAGGAUCGACUUCGCUAUAAGCUUGAGGCAGCAGUUAACAUCACUCUUGAGAAGCUAAAUGAUAAAAUGUGUAUACUUCAAAGAGUGAGGGACGCUGUGAGUCAGCAGGUGGGAUCGGUCAUGUAUGUUUAUGAAGUAAACGCAGAAAAACUUAGCUUUGAGGCAACGCUGGAACGCACUCCUCACAGCCCUUCUAUGGCUGACAUGUUAGAGUGGCUGCAAGACACAGAAAGAUAUUACAGAACCCAAUACCUACAACGGAAGCUGCUUCUACAGAUACAGGAUAAUCGAGUGUCAGAGAUCAAGAAUUUAACUCAUUCAUGGGAAAGAUUAAAUGAUAAAUUCACAACUAAACAACAUCUUGUGAAAGAUAUGUUGCUGAAUGUAUCAUUCUUUAGAGAAGCCACCAACUAAAUUCAUUGACAAAGUGUCUACAUUAUCAAGUCAGAAGAAACAUCAGCGUUGGUUCCAGUGCUUUAACAGCUUGGUCAAUAUAAAGCAUGGUGCCAGUGUUCUGUACAGCUCAAUCGAAAAGCACUGCUAUUGUACGUGCUGCCUGACCAUUUCAGGAAACUGUAUUUUCAUAGUAUUUCUGCAUAAGAAGACGCUUGUUAAAAGGUUUAUUUCUGCCUUCAACAUUUAUGAACUAUUCAUGGAGUAGGUGACAACUGGAUUGAGUGCUGGCCCCUUCACAGAUCAAGAGAACAAGGGUUUUUUGCCUUAUAAUCAGGCUGUAAAUAGUGAAUUUAAGUGCAGGCCAUACAUGCUCCUGGUAUUAGAUUAGGUAAUAACUGAGCAGAUGCAGGACAAACUUUAGGGCCAGGUCACAUGUCCUUAUAUUUUGUUGCAAAUUUGCCACUGAUUCAAAAUUAAUAUAUUGAGGGUCUUUUCACAUAUUUGAUGCUGCAGACUUUAAGCUGCAUUCAAUCAUUUAGUUCAUAUUGAAAUCUGUAUCUUAAAAUAUAUGCAGGAUACUGUACCUGCGAAUAGACCCUUAAUGGCUAGUUAUUUUAUACCCUCUGUAUGCAGUAUGCCUCUGUAGGUAGGACCCUCCCUCAAGGUAGCUUGACCUCUGUAUGUAUAACUAUGACUGUAUAUCCCCGCCCAUUACCUGAUUAGUCAUUUCCAUUACUAAAAUUAAGUUCACGCCCAUCUGACUGAUUCCCUGAAUUUUCAGACAAACUAUAAACUCAUAUCUCGGGAAUGGAAGGGUGUAUCAAGAAACUGUAAAGAAGGUGUGUGAUCAGGGCAUCCUAAGCUAUUUAAUGAUGAUGCAAUCACAAUCACCACAUGUCUUCCUUUAACUCUAAUCCUCUGUACAAGCAAAUUGGAUUCUCCCACGGCACAAUGAUUGCUUACUUUGUUGUGCCUAUAUAUUUGCUCAGUAGGUGGCUGCUUUACAGGUACAUCUCAAUGGUAUGUUAUGUUUAACAAAGAGCUACCAGCCAUGUACUUUAGCUUUUUGCUGAGUUUGUGGUUUCAGUGUUGAGUGUGCACUAAAGCGCGCAGUACAUCUAAACGCCAAUCUUUAAUUUUUAGUAUCAGUGUGGAUAUUUCAUUUUCAUGGACUGGCUGUGGAUACUGCAUGUAAUGUAGUGCUGCUCCUUGCAGGUGGGAAACGAAUGGAAAGACUGCUCAUUUACUCAUUUAUUUAUGUGGACAAAUACUACAAGCAUAAAGUGUACCUAUCAUCAACAAAAACUUUUUAUAUAAUGUAGAUAAUACCAUUAUAUGUAUAAUUGUAAUAUACAUUGAUAAAAAAGGGUAUAUUUUUGUCCCUGCAGCUACUGCAUGUUUGUCUCUAUGAGGAGUCCAAAUACAGGAAGUGUGGGUGGACAAGCAGGGCUCUGUACACUGAGAAUAAAGCAGGGCUCUGUGCACUGAGGACAAGCAGGGCUCUGUACACUGAGGACAAGCAGGGCUCUGUACACUGAGGACAAGCAGGGCUCUGUGCACAUAGGACAAUCAGGGCUCUGUGCACAUAGGACAAGCAGGGCUCUGUGCACUGAGGACAAGCAGGGCUCUGUACACUGAGGACAAGCAGGGCUCUGUACACUGAGAACAAGCAGGGUUCUGUGCAGUGAGGACAAGCAGGGCUCUGUACACUGAGGACAAGCAGGGCUCUGUACACGGAGAAUAACGCAGGGCUCUGUGCACUGAGGACAAGCAGGGUUCUGUGCAGUGAGGACAAGCAGGGCUCUGUACACUGAGAACAACCAGGGCUCUGUACACUGAGAAUAAAGCAGGGCUCUGUACACUGAGGACAAGCAGGGCUCUGUACACUGAGAAUAAAGCAGUUUCUGUGCAUUGAGGACAAGCAGGACUCUGUGCACUGAGGACAGGCAGGGCUCUGUACUCUGAGGACAAGCAGGGCUCUGUGCACUGAGUACAAGCAGGGCUCUGUACACUGAGAACAAGCAGGGCUCUAUACACUGAGGACAAGCAGGGCUCUGUGCACUGAGGACAAGCAGGGCUCUGUACACUGAGAACAAGCAGGGCUCUGUGCACUGAGGACAAGCAGGGCUGUGUACACUGAGGACAAGUAGGGCUCUGCAGUGAGGACAAGCAGGGCUCUGUACACUGAGGACAAGCAGGGCUCUGUACACUGAGGACAAGCAGGGCUCUGGACACUGAGGACAAGCAGGGCUCUGGACACUGAGGACAAGCAGGGCUCUGGACACUGAGGACAAGCAGGGCUCUGGACACCGAGGACAAGCAGGGCUCUGUGCAGUGAGAACAAGUAGGGCUCUGCAGUGAGGACAAGCAGGGCUCUGUGCAGUGAGGACAAGCAGAGCUCUGUACACGGAGAAUAACGCAGGGCUCUGUGCACUGAGGACAAGCAGGGCUCUGUACACUGAGAAUAAAGCAGGGUUCUGUGCACUGAGGACAAGCAGGGCUCUGUGCACUGAGUACAAGCAGGGCUCUGUACACUGAGAACAAGCAGGGCUCUGUGCACUGAGGACAAGCAGGGCUCUGUGCACUGAGGACAAGCAGGGCUCUAUACACUGAGAACAAGCAGGGCUCUGCACUGAGGACAAGCAGGGCUGUGUACACUGAGGACAAGUAGGGUUCUGCAGUGAGGACAAGCAGGGCUCUGUACACUGAGGACAAGCAGGGCUCUGUACACUGAGGACAAGCAGGGCUCUGUACACUGAGGACAAGCAGGGCUCUGGACACUGAGGACAAGCAGGGCUCUGGACACUGAGGACAAGCAGGGCUCUGUGCAAUGAGAACAAGUAGGGCUCUGCAGUGAGGACAAGCAGGGCUCUGUGCAGUAAGGACAAGCAGGGCUUUGUGCAGUGAGGCUCUGUGCCAUUCUCCCGGCUCACACAUCAGGAUGAUUGACAAGCCAGGAGCCUACACAGAGCCCUGCUUGUCCUGCCCUCACUUCCUGUAUUUGGUCUCCUCAUAAAGACACAUAGACAUUAGCUGCAGGGACAGCAUUUUUUUGACCCAAAAAUAUACACCAUUUUUAACACCAUUUAAUAUUACAAAUAUACAUAGGAUGGUAUUAUAUACUGUACAUUAUAUAAAAAGUUUUUGUUGACGACCGGUACACUUUAAGGAAUGCUGUUUCACAGUAUUUUGAAUAAUCUAGCCUUCCACAUCUCAAAUAAUUCCUCUACACAGGGCCAAAAUAAUAGAAUCGGCCAUAUAGGUAACUAUACUAGUAUUAUAGUAAUUUCAGUCAUUGUCUUCUGCAAUAGUGCCAGUGUACCAGCAACAGUCACAGUGCCUGUACUUUCAGAACUUAUCAUUUCGAACUACUAUGUUC